UCCUAACAUUGGGUUUUAGCGGGCUAGUGCAAGGUAAACUAAGCGAAACCCUUCUUUUCUGCAAGCAACCAUUCCACCCACCAGACCAGACCAAUACACCCCCCCCAUCUCAAUCUUGAAUACUCGCAGUUCGACAACGACAACCCAUAUCGAUCAGCGAACCUCUUGAGCAUCAAUCCAAUCGCAAUUAUGGCCGACGACCCUGACUACAACGCCGAGGAAGCCGCUGAGCUCAAGAAGAAGAGACAGUUCCGCAAGUUUUCUUACCGAGGAAUCGACCUUGAGGCUCUUCUCGACCUUAGCUCCGACCAACUUCGCGAUGUUGUCCACGCCCGUGCCCGCCGUCGGAUUAACCGUGGCUUGAAGCGCAAGCCUAUGGGUCUGAUCAAGAAGCUACGCAAGGCCAAGCAAGAGGCCAAGCCCAACGAGAAGCCCGAUCUUGUCAAGACGCAUUUGCGAGACAUGAUCGUUGUACCCGAGAUGAUUGGUAGCGUUAUCGGUAUCUACUCAGGAAAGGAGUUCAACCAGGUCGAAAUCCGACCUGAGAUGGUCGGCCACUACCUAGGCGAAUUCUCUAUCUCAUACAAGCCUGUCAAGCACGGUAGACCCGGUAUCGGUGCUACUCACUCUUCUCGUUUCAUCCCUCUCAAGUAGGUGUGUGGAAAAAUAUGGAGGGGUCUUGCACUUUGCAUUCAUGGAUUGGGCGAAUGGAAUGGUUCUUUCUCGGUGGCAGAUAGGCAAUAGCCAUCAACUGACAUGCGCUACAUGAUAAUGAAAUCAGAUCAUUCAUGCGCUGAAAGCACAUCUUUCGGGUUCCCGCCGUAGACUGACUCUCCUGAUGUUCCUAAUCAUGACUCGUGAUGUAGGACUGGCCUGAAGUUCUAGGGUCUUGAAGUUUGAUCAAUACAACGCGAUCCUCGAAUCCGGAAUCCAAUUGUCUCAAG